AUGGAAACCGUAAUUCGAAUUCUUCCGAAUAGAUUCCACUUGGUAUAUGACGAGCGAGACAUCGAGUUCUUCAUUCAUCAAGUAUCGGAUAAUCAAAUCAUUUGGGACAGAAGGAACACAUUGAAUUUCGAUGGAAAUUUAGUCCAUGCCACAUUUGAUAAGAUCGAAAUUUGCUGUCAAUUUUUGUCCCGCAAAAAUGGAGAAAACGCUGCCAGACUAUGGACAGAACUCGCCAGUGAGUAUAAACGAGAAAAAUCGAGAAUCGAGCAGCUACCAAGUGGAAUCUAUUCGGAAGAAUUCGAAUUACGGUUUCCAUUUAUGCAGCAAAUGUGGUUUUUGGAGAUCGGAGACGUCGCCGAGAUGAAAGAGGCCGAUUCGAAUAGCCUAGAAGAGACGAUUGUCAAUUUGGCGCGACAAAAAUCGAUGAUUGCACCGGCGGGAGAUGUGCCAGAACCCUCCUUGACCCUCUUAUCCACCCCAAUCGACCAGUUGAACGCCACCAUCACUCGUCUGAUUACUGUAAUGGAACAAAAACAGGAAGAUACGGCGGGAAUUCAAAUUCCCGCAAAAUACACUGAUAUCGUUGAACAUUUGUGCACAUUUUUGGAUAAAAUCCCUCGAGAAAAGCAAAUGGAGACAAAAUGCAAAAUUUAUAAUUUUUUGGACUCUUUAAAAUGA